AACGGAGUCGCGCGCGUUUCCGCCAGUGCUGAGCGGUACGUACUAGCUUCCAGUCUUGGGUCCUGAUCGGCUGACAGGCGCCAUGUUACCAGAGUAUAAGUAUGCGUAUGUUCAGCAAGCCAGAGACUGUCCUAGUUACGAGUGCAUUAACCUUGUCUUCAAUAUAUAAUUAUGGGAUAUAACAUCCUCAUCACCGGCGCCGCCGGCUACAUAAUUUCUAUCUCGUAGGAACAGCCCAAUUGAAAUGAAGCACAUCAGCGCCGCUGUUCGGUCGGAAAAGCAAGUCAAAAGCUUGUCAAAUUUGGGCGUCAAUGUAAUCUUGGUAGAUCUCAGCGAUGAGGUCGCUGUCAAUGACGCCGUGCUUCAACACGAGAUUGAUGUCGUGGUUCAUACAGCAAGCUCUUUUGAUAUGAGCCUUGUGUCCCCGCUAAUCACGGCCCUGGGCCGACGACGCAAGAUCACUGGAAAGGAGGCGUAUUUCGUUCAGUCAUCGGUGACCACGAUUUAUUCCGUCGAAAGCGGUUGGCCAUACGGAGAGGUUAAGGAUACUGACCCUAUAUUUGAAAUGGAGCAGCAGAUGGGGGGAUCACACCCCGUUCGACAAACCAAUCUUCAUGUCAUCAAACAAGCAAAAGAAGAGGGGGUCACAAGCUUCAUUAUUCUGAUACCAACUGUUUACGGAAGGGGCAGUGGCGAGUGCAGGAGGCUGUCUGUAAGUAUCCCAGCAUACAUCAGAACUAGUAUCGCGCACAAAAUUGUCUAUAAAUUCGACCAGGAUGGCAGCCCACCUGGUGCGCAUAUUUCAGAUUUAGCUGCGUUUUAUGCUAUCCUCGUGGAGAAGAUCUUGCAGAUGGAGCCGAUUCCUAGUGGUGAGAUUGGUUACUACUUUGCGAUAGCCCACACAGUACCUUGGUGGAACGUUAUGCAGCGCAUUGCUGAGUCCUUACAUGCGCGUGGGCUGGUAACAAGCUCUCAAACACAGAUCUGGCCAAGCUAUAAGAUGGCAGCGGAGUAUUUGAAUUUUCCGCUUGCGCAUGUGCGAGCUAUGGGAGCUUCUAGGUAAGUGCUUUUGCUCGUUGGCAGAAGCAACAGUAUCUGACGGAUGAUUAGUGGAGAAUUCGGACCUAUAAACGCGUAUCGACUUGGUUGGCAACCAAAAUGGGACGAGAAGAAAUUCCUUGAAAACAUGGAUGACGAAGUUAGUGCUGUACAGGAACUUGACACGGUUGACA